AUGGAUUUACGAAAUUCGUUGCUGGUGAGAAGGCGUUGUUGUGUCCAGGUAGUGGUUUUCACCCAUGCGUAUGGCGAUCGUUCGGGGGUGCGAUAUCUGACGAAUGGAUUGAAGGUCUACUAUGCACCACGGGUCCCUAUCUACUGUCAGAGCACAUUCCCAAACAUAUUUGGUGGGUUUCAACUGCUCCGCAAUAUCAUCAUCAGGGAACGCAUCAAUUUAGUGCACUGCCAUCAGGCAUUCUCAUCACUCGGGCUUCAUGCUAUCCUGCAGGCAAGGACGAUGGGUAUGAAGGUGGUCUUCACAGAUCAUUCCUUGUUUGGUUUUGCGGAUGCUUCAAGCAUCCUCAUGAACAAAGUCCUGAAGUUCAUCUUGGCAGACGUUCAUCAUACAAUCUGUGUUUCACACACAAGCAAAGAAAACACAGUGCUGAGGGCCUGCUUGCCACCCUCAUGGGUUUCAGUAAUCCCUAAUGCUGUCGAUGCCAGCCAGUUCACCCCAGACUCAUCUGCUCAGGAGCAGGAUGUAGUGACCAUCGUUGCAUUGACACGCCUUGUCUACAGGAAAGGCAUUGACCUCUUGGCAGUCAUCCUUCCAGACAUAUGUCGGCGGCAUCCCAAAGUCAAGGUCCUCAUUUGUGGUGACGGGCCUAAGCGCAGAGUUCUGGAGCGCAUUGUCGACCGUGAGAAUCUUCACAGCCAAGUCACACUGCAUCCAGCAGUACCCCAUAGCGAAGCAAGACAAAUUCUGGCACGUGGACAAAUAUUCUUGAACGCAUCUUUAACAGAGGCCUUCUGCAUGGCGAUAGUUGAGGCUGCGUCUGUGGGGUUGAGGGUCGUGUCAACGCGCGUUGGUGGCGUACCCGAGGUUCUUCCACUGGAUAUGAUGAUUCUUGCCGAGCCCGAGCCAAACUCCAUCCUCGAAGCAGUUGAUCAAGCCAUCGAUGGCAUCCAUGGCGUGGAUGUACACGGUCAACAUCUGAGGGUGAAGACAAUGUACAGUUGGGCCCGCGUCGCUGAGCGGACACUGGAUGUUUAUGAUAAAGUCAAUGUGAGCACCCGCGAUGAUUCCCUGUUUGCACGUUUAAGAAGGUAUCAUCGUUGUGGGUGGUGGGCGGGGAAGCUCUUUUGCUGUGUGGCGUCGCUUCAACACUUAUAUUGCCAAUAUCUGGGGUAUUGGUGCCCUGAAGACAUGAUAGACAGUGCACCAGAUUUCUGCGCAGCGGCGGCAGCAGCAGCAGAGGGCCACUGA